AUGCAUUAUGCCAAACACGCUUCCAGAACGGGUAGCCUGGACGACUCUACACAUGAAGCGCUCGACAGACAGUCCCGCGUGAAGGCGUCAGAUCUAGGUUUCGACGUCCCAGAUCAUGUUCUUUCCGAGAUCAUUCCCAUCUCAGACCCGAGACACGUUUACUCUAAUAUCCAUGCACAACGCGACCGCCGUCUUCGCCUCCUGAUCCGUCGCUACACGAAUCAAAUCCAGUAUGGCUGCAGAAACAUCAACUGCACUACACCCACGUGCCUAAGUUACAGGAAGAGAAACAGUACGGGACCGCUGAGGAGGUAUACGGAAUUGAGCGCCAGGACUUUGGCAUGCCAACUGGUCGACGACUACACGCGCAGUGGCAAAGAUUCCGUGUCUGGCCUUUGUCAAAACGAACCGGUAGUCCCUUGGUACGAGGAUCCCGAGGCCACCAAGAGGAGGAGGGACAGUCUUGAAAAGGCAGGGCUUCAGCGCCGUGAGUCCGCAUCUGUGGCCAAGAUCUCCAGCCAGACACUACGCAGCAAAGAGCCUCCUCCGAAGCCUGCAUUUUCCGUCGAGCGGCUCUCGCAGGAUGGCAUCGUCCAGGCCGGUAGACGUCUACGUACGCUUGAUAUAUCCAAGAACGACGAGGAAAUUGCAGAGGAAAUAACCGAUGUGCUGAACGCCAUCCCCUCCAAUCAACCAGCCAGCGCGUCCAAUGAAGACGAGAACAAAAACCCCUGCGACACUGCCUCUGUCGGGCCUGAGCCUCCCGAAUCGAAACCAAAAGACAUCGCCUCUUUUACACAGACGUUGUUCGAUCUUUUGCCGUUACGGCUUUUAAGUUGGUUGCCUGGAGGGAACCCUCGUGAACUACCUGAACCAAGAGGGUCCGCCGAGCAUUCGACAAACCAUCAGCAGGCUUAUUCUGAAGAUGCAGAUGAUUGUGCACCGGAUCCUAUCGAAGAACCACCAGGCGUGACAGACCCAAGUACGGAGAGUUUACCGCCGGCGUGGAUGUUGAAAAGGCCUGCUGUCCAAGCCUAUACCCUUCGAAAGUUUACCUGGUCAAUGUUUCCAUGGCUGCAAUCCCGUCUUGAUGACAGCAAUAACGACGCUUAUAACGACAAGUUUCUUCCAUUUCUGAAGCAGAGUCUCUCAUAUUGCUUCAGCGAUCCAGAGCACCUAGUUCGAACGGUCAGGGACCUCCAAGACAGCAGCCCAUUUUCAGAGGGAUUUGCUGAUUUUCUCCGCAAGGAACUCACCAGAUCCGUAUCAAAGGCUACCGUGAAGCAGACCGGCCUAGAUGACCCUUCUCAAGACUCUUCUUCUGGGUCGUGGCCGCGUAUCAAGACGGGAACGGCGGAUGAUUUGUAUGCUCUCCUGGACGGGUUGGCCCUUGUAGACGGUUUGAAGCAGCGCAGCGUGUUCUUGAAUAGCAUGUUCACUGCUCUGCAGCACAGCUAUCGCCUUCCACCAUGGUUACAGCCACGGCAAAAGCGAAAACAUAGCUAUCCGGCUGGUAUACUGACUGAUCGAAGUUCGAACAGAGGGUCCCAGCAUCUCAACUCCAGUGGACCACCACCGCAAGAUCUGGAUGCCGUUGAAGGGCUCGGGGAGGCCUGUGAAGAUGAGAAGCAACUUGUGCUUCUGAACGACGACCAAGCAGCAGAGAUAUGUCUAGUUGCCCUGGCUGCGAUUGCCUCCCUGAUAUUCGAGAAUCGCGGUCCGCAAGCGUUUGGCGGGAAAACAGCAUUUGCUGAAUUUGCAGCGUUGCGAAAUACUGGUCUCGCCCAUUCGCGUUGGCAUAAAAUUCCUCGGGAUGCGGACCGACUCCUUGUCUCUCAUAUCGUGGAUUUGAUAAUUCAAGCCAUUGAUGUCUGCGACGACUGGUCUGUUUUACGCUUGCUUACUGCCAUUAUGGACGUCAUCAGUCAUCGCCUAAUCGUGGCCAAAUGUGCAAGCAGCAUGAAAGGCCACGAUUUAGGGAAGACUGAGAAAGAGACCAUUGUGGACCUGUUGGUACGUCGAUUUGAUCGGAGAACCGUGGGCGAAUGGGAUCCGCCUGAGCAGAGGUCUAGCUGGUUAGGGGCCGCUGCGAUCGAGCUGGUGAGAACGGUGAUGUUGAAGAUUUGGGACUGCCGUCCCAUCAUCCAGCGGGCAGGCCCUGUUGCCGGGGCGCUCGAGCUUCUGGCGGGCAUAUACCGCGAGCGGAAGGAUCUCAAUCUGGACUUGGGCUCUUUCCGCAUGUCUUUCAUUGCCGAACGGUUCGAUGAGAUGUCUAUGCCAAUUGAGUGGUUAUCGUUCCGCGCCGAUACACGGCAGAUGCAUCUGUUGUCGUUCUCGUUUCUGUUCGAACCGGCCACACUGGUGCGGUACUUUCGAGCGAUCAACAUCGAGAUGAUGCGGAAGUCGCACGAAAGCGCUGCGUUGGUGUACAACGACACCAGGCAUUAUAUGUGGGCUCCUGCAAUCCCAGUGUACGGGGCGCGAGAAGUGUUAGCAAGCCUACGACCUCACAUGGCCAAAUUCUUUGUCCUCACAAUACGACGGGACAACGUGCUGGAUGAUGCCAUCAACCAGAUCUGGCGACGACAACGCAGAGAGCUUAUGAGGCCUCUGCGCGUGCGCCUUGGCAAAGAUGAAGGCGAGGACGGGCUUGACCACGGUGGUGUCCAGCAAGAGUUCUUCCGCGUUGUGUUUGCCGAAGCCUUUAGACCCGAGUACGGCAUGUUCACGGUGGACGCAAGGACCAGAAUGACAUGGUUCCAGCCGGGCUCCUUCGAGCCGCUGUACAGGUUCGAAGCUCUGGGUGUUUUGAUGUCUAUCGCCGUCUACAACGGCAUCACUCUCCCCAUCACAUUCCCUCUCGCUUUCUACCGCAAGCUGUUAGGCCUCAAGGUCAAGACUUUGGAGCACAUUGCCGACGGCUGGCCUGAUUUGGCAAGAGGUCUGCAAGCUCUUUUGGACUGGGACGACGGGGACGUCGGUGAUGUGAUUGCCCGCACGUACGAAUUCAGCUACGACAUUUGCGGCAGCACCGUCACAGUGGACAUGCAGAAGAUUGACCGCAACGACCCAUGGCCACCGCGAGCAGCAGAAGGUGGCAGCAGAAGCAACAGCAUCGGUGCUGUGGACAUCAAUGGCAAAGGCAAAGCCAAGGCCAAAAGGAAAUCCACAUCUUUCGAACUCCCACUCGAGCCAUCAUCCCUCACUCCGCCCGCGCAACCGUCAUCCCCAAAUCUACUGGAUUGUGAAGCUGUUUCCUCACCAGGCGCCGCCAUCAGCUGCCCUUGCGCUGGGCCUUCGUCGAGCAAGGCACCAGCACCUGCAUCAUUACAAGGAGGCAUCACGACGCCUUCAAGCAUCGACAGCGACAUGCUAGCACUCGAGGAGGCCGAGGCGGCGCUCGUGACCAAUGCGAACCGCGAACAAUACGUCAAAGAUUAUGUUUUCUGGCUGACGCACAAAUCGAUCGAGCCGCAAUACGAAGCUUUCGCCCGAGGUUUCUACACGUGCCUGGACCGGACGGCAUUGUCGAUCUUCACUCCCGAAACCCUCAAGUCCGUCAUCGAGGGAUACCAGGAGAUCAACAUUGAUGAGUUGGAGCGGACCGUCACUUACGAUGAUGGGUAUUCGCGCACGUCGCCUACCAUUGUCGAUUUCUGGCAUGUCGUCCGCAGUUUCAGUCAGGAGCAGCACAGACAGCUGCUCGAGUUUGUUACGGCCAGCGACCGCGUCCCCGUUAAUGGUCUUGCUAAUGUCCAGUUCAUCAUCCAGAAGAAUGGCGAUGAUGAUGCACGCUUGCCUAGUAGUAGCACCUGUUACGGACGGCUGCUGUUGCCCCAGUACUCUAGUUGUCAGGUGCUCGAGGAGAAAUUGUCAAAGGCGAUUGAGAAUUCCGUCGGGUUUGGAACUUUGUGA